CAACCACCACAUCGCAAUCGUUGCGCUGUCUGCUGCAACCACACUCUUCACUCUUCCACACCGCAGCAAGCAACAAUGAGCGGACUGAGCCGAGUCAACCGCCGCCUCGACGCCGACAGACCAACAGGCACGCCGAGCCCCGUGCUCCUCCCUCCGAGCGGGCGCGGCUCCCCAGCUGGGCCCGGCGCGGGCUUUGCCCCGGCGCAGCCGUACGGCGGGGGUCCAGGAUCCGGCUUCGCCGCCCCGCAGGGCCGCAGCAGCCCGUUCCCGCGCCCCGGCUCAAGCGCGAGCGCGUACUCCGAGUCGCCGUUCGGCGGGGGCAUGUCCUCGGGCGGUGCCGGCGGCGCGGGGUACACGCGCACGGCGUACGAGCUCGAGCAGCACAACGACGACCGGCUAGGCGGGCUGCUUGGCAAGGUGGACAUUUUGAAGAAUCUCACUGUCGGCAUUGGCAAGGAGGUGCGCGAUGGCAACCUCGAGCUUGCGGGCAUGAACGACACGUUUGGAUCCACGGGCAACCUCCUCAGCGGGACGUGGAAGCGCAUGACCAAGAUGGCCAAGCGACAGGGCUCAAACUGGUGCUGGUUCAUGGGCUUCCUCCUCAUCGUCCUCUGGAUCUUUAUCAUUGUCUGGUUCUUGAGGCGGUAGCAAGGCUGCACACACGCCUCACAUUCUCACCGCCACUACCCCUCACCGUACCUCUGUACACUACAUGCAUACCUAAUCAUCGUGUG